AUGAUAAUGGAUAGUGGUGCAACAUGUUCAACAAGUAAAUAUAAAAAUAUAGUGGUGAUCGUAUUCACUUUUAUAAUCACAAUUUUCACUAUAUUAUCAUCUAUAUACUUUAUCAAUGGAGGUAUCGGUUUGAAUGGAAAUGGCGUUGAAUCAAACAACAAUAAUCAAAAUGUCGAGGAAACUGCAAAGGAUCUAAUGGGUAGAAAUUUAAAUCAAUUGCAUCCAUCGCUGAGGCUUCAGUUGGAUGAGGAGGAUCAGACUUUUCAACAGCUAGAGAAUUUCAAACUCACUGGAAAAGACGAGCAACUUCAGUGGUCGACCGCUACAUUUCAAAGGAAGCGUCGUGUUCUAAUUGUCACCACUGAGAUCGAGGGACCUGUACUCGGUGGAGGCAUCGGAACUGCCUACACUGCAUUGUCGCAACGACUCGCCGACGAUGGACACAUCGUAACAGUGUUGGUAAUCAACUACAUCAAAAAGAUGACUGCCACACACUGGCAGGAGUUGUAUGCCACCAAGAAAAUCACUAUCGAAUUCCUCUCACCAGAGACUACCGACAUCCUUGGAUGCACCGGGCCAUGCAUUCGCAGUUACCACGCCUACAAAUGGAUUGCCGAGCGUGAGCAUCUCUACGAUGUUCUUCACUUCCACGACAACGGUGGUAUCGCCUAUUUCUCUGCGUUGGCACGUAGCCAAGGAAUUUCAUUGCAAAAGUCAAUCGUUGUCGUCGGUGGACAUGGACCACAUCUCUGGGAGAGAACUGCAAACUCUGCGAAUCUCGACGACGGUAAACACUUUGAGGUAGAUUACCUCGAGAAGCGUUCAGUGGAACUCUCCGACUGGCUGAUAUCGCCAUCCAACUACAUGCUAAACUGGAUGCGUAGAUCCGGUUGGGUUCUACCUAAAAACUCAUAUGUACACCAGAAUCUUUUGCCAGGUACCAUCAUGUCGCAGCCAAGCGUCGAUAAAUUGAUUGCACAUUCAUUCGAUGAAAUCAUUUUCUUUGGUCGAUUGGAGGCAAGAAAAGGACUCGAUAUCUUCUUGAGAGCGUUGGAUACACUACACAAGGAGUUGGACGAAGCCAAUAUCUUGGUUACAUUUCUAGGUGCAAAUACAAAGCUACCAGAGGUCAAUAUGCUAGCGGAUCAGUAUAUCGUUUCAAAGUGUCGUUUGUUGAAUAUGAAUUGUCGGGUUUUGAUUGGAAGAACUCAUACCGAAGCAAUCGCGUAUCUCACCGAUCUAUCGGAUCGUAAGCUCGUCGUUAUUCCAUCGCCAAUCGAUAACUCACCCAACACAGUUUUGGAGUGUAUGACACAUAAUCUAGCUUUCAUUUCAACCAAAGUCGGUGGUAUUCCAGAGUUGAUCGAUCCCAAAGAUAGAGCACGUACUCUCUUUUCACCUGCACCAAACUCACUGAUCCGAAAGAUUCGUGAGUCCAUCAGAGAUGGUGUCUAUCCAGCACGUAUGGCCAAAGAUGAAUGGUUCAGACACAAGAUUUGGAGCAAUUGGCACUCCGUUGUACCAAUACCUACACAACAGCCACUCGUUACCAAACCCACCAAUCUAGUGACUGUGGUACUCGUUCACAACGGCAACAACGACAUUCAAGUGGAAACCAAUCUAAUGGCACUCGACCAAAAGCAGAAUCAAUAUCGUUUGGAGGUUGUAAUUGCCACAGUUAGACCACUUCUCCAGAUUCAAGAGUAUCAAUAUAUUAAAGUUAGUCAAGUCGAGAUAUCCGAAUAUCUCGUUUCACCAAUCAAUUUCCAGCCAUGGAACAGUGAACCGAUUGUCUCUUCAUUCCAUGGCGAAUUCAUUCUGUUUGUGGAUCAAGAAGAUUGGCUCAGCUCAAGGACACUCAAUGAAAUGUUGAAUGUUGCCAAACAUACCGGUGCACAUAUGGUAUCGUCUUCGAUUGGACAUCCUGCCAUGGGUGAAGAUAUCAGCUCUGUAUAUAUGGGAUGCAUUGGAAUGCCAGGAAUGAUGUACAACUGCUAUGGUAGCAACAAUGUACUGAUGAACAAACUACUUUUACAUACAAUCACUAAAAACUAUACGAAUGAAGAGAUUGAAGAUGAAUUUGACUAUGGUGGACCAUGGGAGCUCUACUCUGAAGCAACCAACCGUGGAUUCUCAUUGGAAACCAUUCCAAAAGCAUUGUUUUUCACUUCAAGAACUGAAAUCGAUUUAUCCAGUACUUAUAAUCAAGAAUUAAGAGUUUUAAAAUAUUUCCAAGCAUUAUUACCACCAUCUUUAGGUAUUUCACCACUUGCAACAAGACAUUUCCUAAUAUCAAAGGGUUACUAUUUAAAUGAAAUCAAUACACAGACACAAAAAGUUAAACAAUUGGAAGGACAAGUGGCGAAAUAUCAAAUCAUUGAAAAGAGAGAGGAACAAUUUUUUGAUUUGAAUGAAACUUCAUCUCAAGAGAGUUCCUGUGUCGUUUCAAACUACAUGGAAUCCAGAAAGCAUAUUGGAAUGGUUUUCAUUCGUGGUCACGAGAAAUCAGGUACCUCAUGGUUGAAAAAAGUAGUUGGUCUUCAUCCAAGAAUCCAGUUGCACCAACAGGAAUUCCACUUCCAUAUCGUCGAGGAUGCCAUUGAAAAAUUUACAGAUCAUCCAUGGGCUGCAAGUAACGAGCCUUAUGUUUCUUACACCCGUAAGUGGUACAAAUCAUUCGUACGUAAUCUUUUAUUGGCUGGAGUAUCACCACCAUCGGCAUCGAUCAUCAACUAUGUCGGUGAGAAGACACCAUCACCAUUGGCACCGAUUAUCUCUGGUUCCAAAUAUAUUCUAAUCAUUAGAGAUGGUAGAGAUGUUGUUGUAUCACUCUUUUGGCAUUAUGUCAGACUCGGUGGAUUCGAGAACUGGUGUGGUGGCUUCUCAAAGCAACUGGUUGAGCCAGGCUAUGUGAGAUCCUACAACCAGGAUACCAGUUAUUUCAAGAAGAAUCCAGAACAUUUGUUGGAAAAAGAAGUCUGCUUCCGACAUGUCGUUAGAAGCUGGGCAAAGAGAAUCAGAGAGGAUCUCCAAACCAUCGAUGACCUCAAGAAAAACCCAGCUGCUGAAGUCUAUGUUUUGCGUUACGAAGAGCUACACCGUGAUACUGAUGCCAUAAGAACAGAGAUGUAUCAAUUCCUCGGACUAGAUCCAGCAGAAGCACAAGAGCUAUCGGUCGAAGGCAAAACAAUUGCUGGUGGCUUCCAGGAGGAGGGCGAAAAGAAAAACAAAUUCUUUAGAAAAGGAGAGAUUGGUGAUUGGCAGAAUUACUUUAGUUAUGCAAACAAAGUUUGGUUCAAAGAAGAGGCUGGACAUGAACUCAUCCAACUUGGUUAUGAACUAGAUCAUCUUUGGGUAAAGAAUACCAAACUAUCUCCUAUUAAAUAA